AGAUUCUGUUUACUAAGUGAGGCCAUUUUAUCUGCCGCAGAGAGCAAAGAAACAAACAACUUGUACUUCUGUUUCCGAUGGUUACUGAUCCACUUCAAGAGGGAGUUUGAGUAUCCCGUCCUCAUGAGACUGUGGGAGGUGAUCUGGACAGGCUACCUAUCUCCUGAUUACGCCCUGUUCAUUGCGCUGGCGAUUCUGGAGAUGGAGAAGGAAGGAUUGCACAAUCCUGCACAUGACUUCAGCGACAUCCUACAGCAUAUCAACAGUCUGUCAAAGAAGAUGCAGCUAGAGCCGAUCCUCCAGCUGGCCGAGGUGCUAUGCCGACAGCUCGGAGCCUGUCCUGAUCUCCCAGACGACCUCAAAUCUCUCGUCAUCCGCCCGCCCCCAACGAUAUUCGCAUCGAUUGUCGACAUGGAAACCAUUGUUUGUAGCCCCGAAGGCAGUGCUAUCCCAUCGAGCAAUUGCGCAGCCCCAUCUGGUGAUACAACCGAACCUGAAGGAUCGAGAGGUAGAGGCACCCAUGCUGUCCCAUCUGUGGAUCUUCUUGCACAGUCUGAUGAUGAUGCAAUAUUGGUGGAACCAGGUUCUCCGAAUCGGGCCGUCCAAUCGGGUAAUGGGGCAAGUGGAAUCACCCCGAAUGAAGACAGUCUUCAGAGUACCAAUUCUUUCGUUUCGAGAAGGCAAGGAAAUUCUGAAAGAGACGUGAGCGGAGGAAGGGGAUCUGAAGUCAUGAGUCUGAGCAUCAGAGACUGCAAGAACAGACUGACCGGGUACCGUAACGCUGAUCAAGCCAGCCGAGAUGUCCACGCCCUCAUUUCAAACUUCACGUCCCUGAAGAUUCAGGAUCCAAAGAAAUUUGUGUACAGCAAUGGGACGUCGGAAAAACUAGUCCCGCUGACUGGCACCAUUCCCGUCAAGAUCAAAGGAACGGUAUACAAUAUUCCAAUUGUGAUGUGGCUGAAAUUGACACACCCCCAUCAUCCACCCAUCGUCUACGUCACCCCUACCACGGGGAUGGCGAUACAACCCAGUCAAUACGUGGACACCAAUGGAAUAGUCUACCUGCCCUAUCUCACUGAAUGGAAAUCAGGUGCCUCUGACCUCACAGCGCUGGUGCAAAUCCUGUGUGCCACGUUUGCCGAUCGAUGUCCGGUGUACUCCAAACAGGCUCAACCACAAUGGCAGCCUCCGCCCCAGAUGCAACCCCCGACCUCCUACCGCUCGCCUAACCCCUUCCCUCCCGGCAGCUACCCUCCUGGGCAGAGCAUGCCACCGCAGCAGUACCCUGGGUACCCCACCCCAUAUUCCUCCGGGGGAUCGUCAAUGCCAGUCCCUUACUCUGGAUACCAGCAGACUCCGCCCACAAUGUCCGUGUCGCCAAGCCAACCACCUCCCUACCCUCUUGGCCACCAUGCUCAGUUUCCAGGACAACCGCCAGUGAGUUCGCCUCCUCAUCCUCCGCCUCCCUCCACCCAGUCCAUCGCCAUGGCAGCCGGCGCCGUUGCCGCUAGCAACAGCAUUUCAGCCGAGGAGGAACGACGACAAAUUGAGGAAUCGGAGCGAAUAAAGCGGCAAAGUCUUGAAACUGCAGUCGAAGACAAGAUCCGCAGAAAUGUUACAGCUGUCCUCAACGAGGCAGAGAAGGAGAUGGUUGUACUUCAGAAGACGCAGAAAGAGCUGCAAGACGGCAGCAGACGCAUCAACGAAAUGAUGGAAGAAAUGGAGAAAAAAGAGCGUGAGGUAGACCAGAGUAUCACGGUAAUGAAAGACAAGAAUGCACAGUUGGAGUCCCUACUGGAGUACCUCAGAGCCCAGCCUGACGACGUCAACGUUGAUGAGGCUGUCUCUGCUACCACUCCCCUAUAUGAACAGAUCCUGCAGCUGUAUGCGGAGGAGAAUGCGGUCGAAGACACCGUCUACUAUCUGGGAGAGGCCCUCAGGAAGGGAGUCAUCGAACUCGAAGUCUUCUUGAAGUACGUGAGGGAAUUAUCUAGGAAGCAGUUCAUGGCCAGAGCCACCAUAAUGAAGGCUCGUUCCACAGCCGGUCUCGCUGCUCACGGACAGCCUAACUAGACAACAGUACUUCUGUUUAUGUGUGUAUGUAAUUGCAUAAUACUGUGUCGUCAUACGUGUUUGUAUGAUCACUGUUGCAUAAUUAUUAUUAUUAUCCCAUUCAUUAUACGUUUGUAUGAUCACUGUUGCCAUUAUACUAAAGUGUAUUAACAAGAAGCAUUAUUUUGCAUUAUGCAUGCAUUAAUUUUUUUCAGAUAAGUAAUUUUUCACUGUAAAUUUUAUUUUAGAACAUGUUGGAUGCAAAAGGUCAUG